AUGAGUUUACAAGCACAGUUCUAUGAAGCACAACGUCGUCAACAUUUUGUUGAUCAUCGUCAAUCACUUGGAGUUGCUCGACAAGUUCAACAAUCAAAAUAUCAAUCUCGUUAUAUUCCUGUAGGUGUACUUCGUGAAGAUGAUAUGUUUGUACCAUGGACAUAUAAUCCUUUACGUCGUACACAAUCAUCUGCAAAUGCACAAACUUGGUCUCAAAAAGAACAAGAUCCUCGUCCACCACCACCAGUACCAGAAAAAGAACGAUAUGUUCAUUAUGGAAAACUUCAAAAGCGUUAUACUUCAACUGAUUAUAUUCAACAACGAUAA